AUGUAUUUCUUCACUUCUCGCAAGCAAGCUCCUGCAACAGUCCCCAGUGACCAUGUCAUCCCGCUCGGAUUCUGGAAUGACAUGGAUUACGCUCGCGCGAUAUCUCUAGAUAUCACGCUUAAGUUCAACGAUGCGCUUGACCCGGAAAGGCUGCGAGACUCUCUUGACACAUUGUUGAAGAAUGGUGGAUGGCGGAAAUUCGGCGCAAGGUUGAGACGCAAUAAAGACAAGGGCUUGGAGUAUCAUAUUCCUGAGAAAUUUGAUGCGAAGCGUCCUGCAUUUCUAUUCAGUGUGGACAAAUAUGACAUACCUGUGUCAGAACACAAAGCUCUUUCGCAGCUGAGGAGCGAAGACCGUGACAAGCCCGCCGUGCUUGGCCCAUUUAACCAUCUGCGAUAUGAUCUAAGGUCUCGGGAAGCGCCUGAAACUAUUGAUGACUGGCUCUAUUCCGAUACUCCGCAGAUAUCAGUACAUGUGGUGACGUUCGAAGACGCAACAUUUGUUACAGUGUCAUUUCUGCACACUCUCAUGGAUGCUAUAGGUUUCGCAGCACUUCUCAACGGCUGGACGGCCGUCUUGCGCGGCAAAGAGGAUGAAAUUCCACCAAUCGUUGGGCUUGAUGACGACCCACUAGCCAAGGUCCAUCAAGUGACACCAGCUAGUAAAUAUGUACUUGCGGAUAAGCUGCUUAAAGGGUGGAAUUUUUUCUGGUUCGUCGUCUUAUUUAUCUUUCAAUUACUUUGGUACCGUAAAGAUGAGGAGCGGAUUAUCUUUAUGCCCGGAAAAUAUUUGAAAGACCUACGUGAUACUGCACUCGCUGAACUGAGCGAAACAUCCUCGAAUGCCAACGGCAAGGAAGGGACCCCGUUUCUGAGCGAAAGUGAUGUCCUUGUUUCGUGGUGGUUCCGUAUCCUGAGCAAGGCGCUCAAUAUGUCUCCGAAACAGCCACUUACUGUUAUGAAUGUAUUUGACGUUCGCGGUAUUCUGGCAGAAACGGGUUCUCUCGCUUCUGCGGAUAUAGCAAUGAUCGCCAACGUCGUAUGGCCCACUGUCGUCUUGACAACUGUUGGAGAUAUUCUCAGCAAGCCCUUGAGCUAUUUUGCAUCUCAAAUUCGGCAUGCAAUCGACACCCACCGUACCAAAGAGCAAGUUCAUGCUCUGGCAGCAAUUCAGAGAGAAUCCACCGAAAAGUCUGGACACCCACCAGUGUUUGGUAAUCCAGGAACCUUCCUUUUCACAUGUUCAAAUUGGCAUAGAGGCAAGUUGUUUCAAAAGGAUUUCUCCCCGGCAGUAACUAAACAAGGCACUCCAUCCUCGGGACGUUCGAACCUUCUGGGUAGACCGUCGUUUCUUUUUAUCUCGGGAAAAUUCGUCCGAUUCUCGCCUCGUAAUGCCUUUGUUGUCAUGGGUAAGGAUGCUGACGGCAAUUGGUGGAUGGAUAGCAGCAUUCGCGCUGGACUGUGGGAUCGGGUUGCAGAGCAGUUCUAG